GAACACGAGGAUCUGUUUUUCCGGGCGCUGUGUCUGUGUCACACGGUGCAGGUGAAGGAGGAGGAGACGGUGGAGAGCAUCAAGAGGGGCAUCCACCAGGGCCGGCCCACCUCCUUCUACAUCUCCUCCUCUCCGGAUGAGGUGGCGUUGGUGGAGGGCAUGAAAAGGCUGGGUUACACCUAUCUGAGACUGAAAGACAACUACAUGGAGAUCCUGAACAAAGACGAUGAGAUUGAAAG